AUGUGCCACACCGGCUGCUCCACGGGCCGCCAGGCUGGCUGCUGCUCGCCCAGCCCCUGCCAGGCCGCCUGCUGCCCGCCCGCGAGCUGCAAGCCCGCCGUGUACGUGCCUGUGAGAUGCCAGGCCGCCUGCUGCCUGCCCGCGAGCUGCAAGCCCAUUGUGUGCGUGGCUCCCUCUUGCCAGUCCUCCGUGUGCCUGCCCGUGAGCUGCAAGCCCGUCGUGUGUGUGGCCUCCCCCUGCCAGUCCUCUGGGUGCAUCCGGCCCUCCUGCCCCACCUGGGUCUGCAAACCCAUCUCCUGUGGGGCCCCUCCCUGCUGCUGA